AUGGCAAUAGACUUUGAAAAAUUGCAAGAGGAAAGACUGCCCACUUUGUAUGAAGUACUGAUUCUAAAGACUGAGAAACCGGUUGAUUUAUGGUCUUUUUAUACGUUUUUAUCACAAUUCCCACAUGCUAUAAAUUAUUUGGAAUUUUGGAUAGAUUUAAUGGCACACAUUAGAUUGUGUAAGGACUAUCUUGAAAAUAUUAGAAGUUCAGUAAUUGAAGUUGUUGAUGAAUCCAGGGUAUCUGAUGAGUAUGGGAAUUUAACUACUGCCGGCGAUCAUAGGAAACAUAAAGAAGAGAGCAGCAGUGACAGGUACGGGCCGGGUGGAAAUGACGGUGACGCCGACGAUUCUGCAUCUGUCACGUCCUCACUGUUGAUCAACGCAUUAAUGAAUGAAGGUUAUUUAGAUUUUCAAGAUCCAGACCAAGUGAACAGGUUUUUACAAGGUGACAUAGAAUACUCCCCGCAAUUGUCGCAGCUGUUGGCAGAAUGGAGACGACAUUCCGGUAUCCCUGGCAAGAGAAACGACGAUGUCAACGAGUCUGAAAUUGAUGAAAAUACUGGGGAGAAGAAGAAUCAAGUAGGGUACGAGAAUAAGAUAUUGUCAGCCAUUGAUGACUUGUUGAAGAAUCAUGUAAGUGGACAAAACAAUGCAGGUGAAACCAUCAAACCGCAAAUCACAACUAAACAACUGCAUCACAAUGCAGCUCAGAUAUGUACACUGUAUCUAUUAUCACCGGAGAGAAGCGAUAAGUAUUUAAUUAAUAUUCCCGAGCAUGUCAGGGAAGACACGCUAAAGGCCAUUCAAAACGACAAGAGGUAUGAUCCAGAUGUAUUCGAAGAAUUGAAGAACAUAUCAUACCAAUUUCUGGAAAUUGACUGUUUCACCAAGUUUUUAGGAAGAGUUGCAUUGCAUAAUUUACAUGAUCAAAUAUCCGAUUGGCGGUUUCACAAUAGUAGUACUAGAUUUUUACCGAAUGAAGAAACACAUGAGAAGAAGAAACAACUACGACACCAUUCCCGUUCGUUAUUCUCUAGUUACACAACAUUGAGCAGAGUAAUGCUAGGUUUGUUCUUCAUGGGGAUUGGUUUCUGGAUCGGAUACGCACUGAUCUUCUUGAACUAUGCCAGAGGGAUCCGAGUAGUGACUAUUGUUCCCUUCAUCAUCGGGAGUUAUUUCAUUGUGUGUGGCAUCUACCAAAUUGAUAUUGCAUAUGCAUGUUUUGGAAUAACGCAAGAAUUGAUGUACAAGCACAAGAGAAGCCCCGAUGAAGAAACCAACCAUUCUGACAACCUAGAAGCCAAAGAUGGUGAGAUCUCCGGCUUGUUCAAGAUACUAGGAGGUCAGACAAGAUUAAUAAAAAUCAAGCAUCCAUUCAUUAGAAACUUAAUCUACAAGAGAGGCCUAUGGUGCCUGCUCUGGGUACUGAUCUCCACAGGUGUCUUCACAGUGAUCUUUGCAUGCGUACCCAGUCGUAGAGUGUAA